UUUCUGAAGAGGAAGAAGUUAUUCCAAUGAAAUUUUGUUAAAAUGUCUUUAUAUUGCUCUGCGUAGUUUAACUUUCGAAUUACAGAAUUUUAUAGUAUUUAAUUUCAAUACAGCUUCACCUCCUAUAGUUGAUUCGGCAUUUAUUUUAGAAAGAUGAGUGAAGGAGAGUGUGUAAAGGUCAUUGUAAGAUGUCGUCCCAUGAAUGAAAGGGAAAAGAAUCUGAAGUGUAAAACAUGCCUCUCUAUGGAGUCAAAAAGGGGACAAUGUACAAUAAAAAAUCCUGGAGAUCCUAAAGCUCCUCCUAAAAUGUUCACCUUUGAUGGUUCCUACUUUGUAGAUUCAGUAACAGAGAAUAUUUACAAUGAAAUAGCCUACCCAUUAGUAGAGGGUGUAUGUGAAGGAUAUAAUGGUACAAUUUUUGCCUAUGGUCAGACAGGUUGUGGUAAAUCAUUUACUAUGCAGGGCAUAGUUGAUCCUCCGACGCAAAGAGGUGUUAUACCAAGAACUUUUGACCAUAUAUUUGAAACAGUUUCGGUAAUAGAGGGUACAAAGUUUCUGCUACAUGCAUCCUACUGUGAAAUCUACAAUGAAGAAAUAAGAGAUUUAUUGAGUAAAGAUGUAAAAGCCAAGUUAGACUUACAUGAACAUCCAGAUAAAGGAGUUUAUGUCAAUGGAUUAACAAUGCACCCAGUACACAAUGUAGCAGACUGUGAAAAAAUUAUGGAAAGAGGUUGGAAAAACAGAGCAACAGGGGCCACAUUGAUGAACGCUGAUUCAUCACGAAGUCACUCUAUAUUUAGUGUCAUGCUAGAAAUGAGCACACAGGACGAGGAAGGUGAAGAUCAUAUCAGAGCAGGAAAACUCAACUUAGUAGAUUUGGCUGGUAGUGAAAGACAGGCAAAAACAGGAGCUACUGGUGCCAGAUUGAAAGAAGCAACCAAGAUUAAUUUGUCAUUGUCAGCCCUUGGUAAUGUCAUUUCUGCACUCGUUGAUGGAAAAUCUAAACACAUACCCUACAGAGACUCAAAACUGACUCGUUUGUUACAAGACUCUCUCGGAGGUAACACAAAAACUCUAAUGAUAGCCUGUCUGUCUCCAGCUGAUAAUAACUAUGAUGAAACGUUGAGUACAUUGAGAUAUGCCAAUCGUGCCAAGAAUAUUACAAACAAACCCAAGAUUAAUGAAGAUCCUAAAGACGCUUUGUUAAGACAAUAUCAGGAAGAAAUCGAGAAGCUAAAAGCUAUGUUAGCUGGAAAGAUACCUGUACAGGCUGCAGAUCCAACCUCAUCAGAUAUGAAUGAUGACGAUGAUGAUGACGGUGGUUCUAAACAGCAAGGACUUAAUAGACAGGAUUUGGAGGAGGAGAAAGAAAGAAUUAGAGAGGAAUAUGAUGCAAGACUUGAAGAGAUGAAAACAGAAUAUGAGAAUGAGAAAGUUUCAAAGAAUAAAAUACAGAAUGAUAUGGUGAGACUCCGGGCUUUCUAUGACAACAAAUUGUCUAAUGUUGAUGGACAGAUUGCUGACCUUCCACCUACUGCUGCAGUCUUAGGCGAGAUAGAAUGGCGAGAUGAAGAUGGAAACAUUCUGUCCCACCCUGAUCUGGAAAGCCUUGAAACAGAACGAACGCAACCAGGGGGAGGAAAAGCAUCACAAGCAAAUGGCGAAGUUAUCAGUGGAGAAGUCAUUCAACCAUCAAAAGAUGGAACAACUACUAUUAAACAAGCAGACGGCAAAGUUCUUGUCAUCCCCCCAGGUGUCACUGCUGUCAAACAAGAAGAUGGCACAAUUGUACAGGUUCCAGAGGGGAAAACAGCUGUCAAACAGCCAGAUGGCUCAGUUGUUGUGGUUCCACAGGGCACUAAGAUUGUUUAUAAGAAUACAACGAAUACAGAAUAUAUCGUUAAGACCGAGUAUGUGGAGAAAGAAGGGGAGGAACGACCAUCUUCUGUGAUGGGACAGGUCUUACCUGUUGGACCAGAUGCAGAAGCCAUGAAAAUUAUGACCAUGAAUCAGCACAUAGAGCCUGGAGGAGAGGAGGAGGAAGUUACUGCUGUCAUGAUAGAUGGUGUACCCAUGUUAGAACAUGAUGAAGGUCUGGUGGCACCUAGUUCUUCUCCUACUCAAACAAACAUGCAGGACCAACUUAAAAACCAACAGGAAGAGGCUUUAAAAAGAUUACAAGAGUUGGAAAGACAGAUGGUAGGAGGUGAACAGAGUGAUAAUGCAGAAAUGAAAGAAAGAAGAAAAAAUAGACAGUUGAUUGCAGAUGAAAGGAAGGAACGCCUAAUGGAGGCCAUAGCUAACAUGGAUGAUGACUUUAUCAUGUUGGAGAUUUAUGAUGAUACUCAGGCAGAGUUACAAGCUAAAAAUAAAGUUUUAGAGAAAGAAAAAGAUAAGAUUGAAUCAUUGGAAAGAGACAUAAUAGACAUACAGUCUGAGUUCCAAUUUGAAAGAAUAGAUUAUCUUGAUACAGUCCGCAAACAAGAAAGACAACUCUUGCUAUUGGAAGGAUUGUUAGAAAAAAUGCAUCCUUGUUUGAGGAGGGAUUGUAAUUAUGCAAAUAUUGAUAGAGUAAAGAAGGAGUGUAAAUGGGAUGAAGAAAAUGGGCGUUGGAUAUUUCCCAGGAUGCAGAUUAAUAAUACAGCACUUCCUGUUGCAGGAAAUAGCAAUAGUGUAAUGGAUAGAAGAGAUACUGAGUUCAGAUCUGGAUUAGAACAACAAGAGGGUGUAAUGCCAGGAGGAAGGGUUAGUAGCAAUCCACAUGGCAGACCACGACCUGUAUUAAAUGGUGAGGUCAAUGCUAGUAUCUAUGACAACGAAGACGAUAGAUAUGCACAGAGUUUAUACAACAAGCAUGAUUCUUCAUCAGACUAUUUUGAGAACAAGAGAGUGAAAAAAUAUCUGAACCAGCCAAUCAGCCGAACAAAUAUGUCUGAAGUUAAACAUAGUAUUCAGAAGACGGCUCCGAUGCCAGCGUCUAAUGGUUUUGGUAAGCACGAUCAGAUGAGCAGUGGAUUACGUGCUGCUGCUGUCCACGGUCAACUCAUCAGUCAAGAGAACGACCCAUUGGUCCGUAAACCUACACGUCUGGAAACGUUACAACCUAUUGGUGGCAAGAAAGGAAAGAAGAAAAGGAACGAACUACAACCUUUAUGAUUACAACUUAAGUAGACACAAACUGGGUACUGUUGCAAUCAACCAAACAAUUUAUUAUUGGAUCCAUUGUUACCAGCAUAAUACUAACAGUAGUAAAUAAUCCUAUAUGAUUAAUACAUAAAAAUCAGUUAUUGCAAAUUAUUACUGUUGGUGUUAACAAUAUUUGUUUAGAGAAAUUGCAUGAAACAAUUGUACAAUAUGAUUUUUAAAAAACAAUUUUUAUGGAUUUGAAUCCUCUUGUAAAAAGACCAGAUUGAAAUUUUCAUGGAAUAGCACUUGAAUUUAACUAUUUUCUAAUUAUCCCAUACAGUACAGCACUUUAUCUCUGAAAUGAUGAUUUAUAAACAAAUUUUGAUUAAUUUAGCAUUGAAAAGAGAUGAAAAUUAUUAUAUUGAUUUUCAAAUGCAAUCAUUGGAUGUGCAAUCAAACUUUGUAAGAAUUUGUAGAAACUUAUAUUUCAUUUUUCGUACAAUGCCAUCUUUGUUUGAAUAAUUAAGGCAGUUUUUAUCCAUGUCAGUUUGGUAUAAUCUGUAAUUGAAACUGAAAAUCCAUUACAUAGACAUCGGAUAUUUAAAAAAUAAAAAAAAUAUUGAUAGUUUAAAAUGUUUAUGAAACUUGAUUGAUUAUUUUUAGGUAUUUUAUCAAAUAUUAAUGUUUUAAUGUUUAUGAAAUAUCAUUGGUAUUUUUCAAAUGCUGGUUAAAUAUCUUUAAUAUAUUUCAGAUUUUGGUGAAAAUAUCUUAACCUUUUCAUGAUAUGGCUAAUUUAUCUGAAUAAUUCAGUGUAAAAAAAAAAUGAAAAAAAAAUUGAAGUGAAAGUUUCUCUGUUGAUAAUAAAUGUCUUUAAAGAAUCCAUUCCUGGUAUAAGCAAAUAUUGAUGUAGGUAAAUUGUGUCUUCACUAGUGUACUGCAAAUUUGUAUUUUGUUUUUUUUUAGUGAUAUCUUCAUUUUGCAACAUAUUCCUUAAAUUUUGCAAGCAGCAAGUGCUUCUGUGAUAAAAGUUGUUUCAUAUCAUAAAAAUGUAGUUUGAGACAUUCCAUUAAUGUAAAAAUAUUGUUUGAGACAUUCCAUUAUUAAAUGUAAAAAUAUUGUUUGAGACAUUCCAUUAUUAAAUGUAAAAAAUAAUGUUUUGAGACAUUCGGUAGAAAGCAUUUGAAGUGCUUGUGUGACAAUAUAAUCAUUCAUAUUUUUAUUUCUACUAAUAUUACUUGCAAUAUUAAUGUGAUAUUUACAUAAAAUUUUCUUUUUGAAAAUUUAAAAUCGUAAAGCAAAUAAUCAUUGAAAUAAGAAAAAAAGAUGGGCUGAUAUCAAUGUUAUCACAUGCAAUAUCAUACCUCUGAUUGUAUCAUUCAGAGGUGACAAGUGUUGGGCUGAUAUCAAUGUUAUCACAUGCAAUAUCAUGCUUCUGAUUGUAUCAUUCAGAAGAAACAACUGUUGGGCUCAUAUCAAUGUUCUAAUAUGGAGAGUGAUGUGUAUUUAAUAUAAAAAAAAAAUUGUAUGAAGCUUUGAAACAAGAAGAAUAAGGUUUUCUUCAAUAUUUUUAUGCCAAUUACAAAAAAUUUGAUAUUUCCAAACAUUUGUCUUAUAUUGUUGUUAUACUGCAUCUAUAAAUAACUGUAAUCAUAGCCAUCUAACUGUGAACAAAAAAAAAAAACUUUAUUCCAUCCCUAAAUAAGCCCCUGAUUGUGAAGGAAAGUGAUUGACAUCGUACCAGUAUUUACUAUAUUUAGGAAAUAAAAGGUUAGAGGGUCUGUCCAAGCUGCAGCAUAAAUUGAAAUCCAUAUGACAUUUUAAUCUUUUAUAGACUUCUGGUAUUAUAGGACAGCAAAGCUGCAGCAUAAAAUGAAAUCCAUAUGACAUUUUAACCUUUAAUAGACUUUUGGUAUUAUAGGUCAGCUAGUCAGAUACAGUUCAGCUCAGUAUUGUAUAUAAUCUUUAUGUCUUUCACAACAGAAAUUUUACAGCAGAUUAUGAGGGUUCUAGAAAUAUUUUUAAUUAUACUUAGUUUUUAUUUUUGUACUUACAUCAACAGUUAAGUAGCAUGCUACUUUAUAUAGAUAUCAGGUUAUAAGAAUCUCAGAGGCCUUAUUAAAACUGCUGCUAACCAGUUACAAAUAUUUGGUUGAUAUAUUGUAUAGAAACUUACUAGAUCCUUAGGAAUAUUAAACCAGUUAAAUCUGUAAUAAUGUCAAAGGUACUUUUAAACAUUUAAUAUCUGAAUGAUACACAUGUGAAUGGUUUGCAGUAGUUUUUUCCAUGCCUCUUUAACUUUAGGGUAGCUUAUAAUUAGUAUACAUUUUUACAGAAAAUGAGCAGGCCUCUUCCACUAGUCAGUGUUGAUAAGUAUUUUAGUCCAUAUCUGUCACAGAGUAUUAAUUAUACAUUGUUAACUUUUUUAUAUUUAUCCAACACAUUCCGUCCCACUAUAUUUGACUAAUAUCUAUUUUAUCAUCCCGUCCUAGGUGUGGAUAUUGUUGAUUUAUGCCAUAUCACUUUGUUGUUUAUUUGUAUAUAUAUCCGUCCAUGGAUGAGUUUUUUAAACAUAUAUAUAUAUUUAUUCUUGUUAUUACUCUUGUUGAAGUGUGUAAUAUCUAUACAAUGAAUGUGAUUUAAAAUCUAUAAUGACUAUCUUGGAAGCAGCAAGUCUAAAAGCUGUUCCAGAAAUGAAUUGUAUGGGGGGUCGGAAGGCACUUCCAUUAAAAAUGUGGUUGGUAGUGGUUAUUUUAGAAAGAAAGAUUGAACAAUUAUCAAUUAUAGGAAAUAAUCAAUUAAAAUUUAUGCAUUGCAGGUAAAUUAAUAAGUGUCUUCCAUCCCCAACCCCCCAUUUAUUUCUGGAACAGCCAUAAGAUAAUUAAUAUUUUUCAUUGUCCUGGUUUCUGUUUAAGCAUAAUUUAUAUUAAAAGCAAAUGUAUUGUGUGGUUAAAGUAUUGUGUGAUGUUUUUCUUUCCAAAAUCAUGAAUUUCUAUCAUUAAUAACAAUGCAAUUUAACCUUAGAAGAAUUAAAUAAACUUAAAAAAAAACAUUUGGGGAUCUUAUUAUUAUUAUAAUUUUUUCUAAAUAUAGACAUUACUGUUAAAUUCUAAAAGUUAAAAUUCUUGCAAUUGAACCACAAAAAAAUGAUUGAGUUAUAUUUCUGACUUGUAUCACACAGACUUGACAUGUAAUGCAUAUUUGAAAUUUAAAGACAAUUCCUAAACUAUUGAAAUAUUGUUAUUAAAAUGCUAUGAAUCCUUUAUAUAUGUGAUAUAUCCAUGAUCGUUAUUGAAAUGUUUUUUUAAAAUAUUUUUGAACAAGGUUUCAUUUCUAACAAUCAUUCCACUUUCCACGAACAUUUGCCACUUUUGCCAAUUAAGCAUAAUACAUUUUAGAUUAAAAAUGAAACAAACUAACUUGCAAUUAUUGAUAAAUCGUUAGACAAAAUGUCUGCAGUUUAACCUUGUUGUCAUAAUGUACAGAUAAAAAAUGUACUAAAUGUUUUAUUUGGUCUUUAGAUACACUAGUUACUAAAUAUUAUAAAUGUAAUGGUUUAUAACUUGGUUUAACUGUAAGAUUUUAUGACAUGAUUAAGCAUCGUAGGGGAAUAUUGGAGACACUGUUAUGUAAACAGGAUGUAUUUUUAUGAUCUGUGAUAAGAUUGUAGGACAAUCUAGUGUAACUGUACUAUUUGUUGAUCAAUAAAUCACAAUUGUUGUUUUA